AACUUUCGCAUCUCAGCCUGCGCCCAUCCAAUACGACGAAUCCAAUUCAACGAUUGUAGCGAUUGUAUAUCGAGCCACUACUUUGGUCUCUGAAACGAAACAGACGCGGUCCAGCGGCAUCUGUCGCAUCGAAAGAUAGCCACCAUGGCCACGAAUGGUGCAGCAGCUGCAGCACCGACUGCUGCGCAGACCGGAAACAAACCAGUCCAAAUCAGCGAAGUGCGGCAAACGAACUCGCGCGAGAACCGAACAGCAGCACAUUCGCACAUCAAGGGUCUAGGCCUGCGACCAGAUGGAACAGCAGAUCCCAAUGGGCAGGGUUUCGUUGGUCAGACGGCGGCGCGCGAGGCAUGCGGUGUUGUCGUUGAUCUGAUCCGCGCAAAGAAGAUGGCCGGAAAGGCCAUCAUGCUGGCAGGAGGACCUGGGACAGGAAAGACUGCGCUUGCGCUGGCUGUGAGCCAAGAACUGGGAACCAAGGUGCCCUUCUGUCCCAUGACGGGAAGCGAGGUGUAUAGCGCAGAGGUAAAGAAGACGGAGGCAUUGAUGGAGAACUUCAGACGAGCUAUUGGGCUGCGUGUGCAGGAGCGCAAAGAGGUCUACGAAGGCGAGGUUGCAGAAUUGUCACCAGAAGAGACCGAAAAUCCUCUAGGCGCAUACGGCAGGACAAUUUCACAUCUGCUAAUCACAUUGCGGAGUUCGAAAGGCACAAAGAAGUUGAGACUGGAUCCGAGCAUCUAUGAGGCCAUACAGAAAGAGCGCGUGCGACUGGGAGAUGUCAUCUAUAUCGAGGCGAACACAGGCGCUGUCAAGAGAGUAGGGAGAUCAGACGCAUUUUCGACCGAGUUUGACCUGGAAGCGGAGGAGUACGUUCCUGUGCCCAAGGGAGAUGUGCACAAGAAGAAGGACAUUGUGCAAGAUGUGACACUUCACGAUCUGGACGUGGCCAACGCGCGACCGCAGGGCGGUCAAGAUGUUAUGAGCAUGAUGGGCCAAUUGAUGAAGCCGCGCAAGACAGAAAUCACAGAAAAGCUGCGAGGCGAGAUCAACAAGGUCGUGAACAAGUACAUUGAUCAGGGCAUUGCGGAACUCGUUCCUGGAGUCCUCUUCAUCGACGAAGUCCACAUGCUCGACAUCGAAUGCUUCACCUACCUCAAUCGAGCCCUCGAAUCCACCAUCUCACCCAUCGUCAUCCUCGCAUCCAAUCGAGGACAAACCACAAUACGCGGCACAGGCUCCGUACAAGCCAACGACCCAGGCCUCAUCUCCGCCCACGGAAUUCCUCCAGACUUCCUCGCACGACUGCUAAUCGUACCCACGCACCCAUACACCGCAAACGAAAUCCGCACAAUCAUCCAAACCCGAGCCAAACUCGAAUUCGCAACACCAACAGCACCGCAACUCGCAGACAACCCACAAGCGCUCAAAGUCUCAGCGACACUCAGCCCAGAAGCCCUCGAAGAACUCACUAAGCGUGGCGAAACGGUUUCUCUGCGAUAUGCGCUGCAACUGCUCGCGCCGGCUAGCAUCCUGGCUCGAGCUCGUGGCAGCGAGGGCAAUGUCAUCAGUGUUAUGGACGUCGAAGAAGCGACUUCGCUUUUCUGGGAUGCAGGACGAAGUGCCAAUCAAUUGCGAGAGCAGGCUUCUAUGUUCAUUUCGUGAGGGUAGUAGCUUGAUCGAGAGACCGAAGAGAAAACUUCAUUUUCGAGCUCCUAAUCAAUGAACGACUCGGCCCUUUUGAAAACAUGCAACCCACUGAGCGGUUCAGUCAGUGAGAACCACUAGUCUUCUUCCUCACGCCCGCUACGAGCAGCCGUGACGGGUGAUGCGUCAUGAUGGUUGAGGAAGAGACGUACCAAGCUCUCCGUGCCACAUUAGACAACGGAACGCACACGGAUCUGUGGCGAUUGAUGUGCUUCACAUGCAUUAGCCAGCGCACUAUUAUGAUUGCGUUGUGUAUUAUAGAGAACGAAAGAGAGAUACGAUAGUCCUCAUUAGCUGAAUGUUCGAUCCCAGCAG